AUUAAAAUAUGUAUUCUUUAGCGACACCUUGCCCGGGCUCGGAUUGCAGAACGCAGAGGAACCUCCUAGAAAUCUCUCUGCUCGUCGAGAUCCGAACUAGGGUUACGCUGCUUCGUUCUCAGGAGACUGGUCGUGGUUCCGGAACUGAGAGUCUGGGUUUUCUGGCGGCUUGUAUCGGUUUUCCAGCGAGAUCGGCAGUAGGUUUUUUGGAGAUAAACAUGACUGAAUAUCUGAAGGUAUUGUGCAUUUUUGGUGUUGGAUAGAAGAUCUUGAAGGAAUGUCAGACUUGUGCAUGUAUGAGCUUGAAGAUAUUGCAUGGGAUGACUUUGGUGUGAGUGACGAUCAUAUAGUGCCUCAUCCUGGCAAUGAACCUGAGAAAGAAUGCACCAUUCGGAUUAAUAGUCGUAAGAAACCACGACAAGAAGUAGUUGGUAUUACUACAAAUAUUGAAGCAAGGCAUGCUGCUCAAUUUGUUAGUCCAGACAAGGAGAAAACAAGCUUAUUAACUCCGAAGAACAGAAAGGACACAAUGUUGGAAAAGGGUUCAUGGUCUCACUCAUCCGAUGGGUUUCCUGCUUCAUGUGAUGGUGAUCCAAGAAAAGAUGUCAAUGUAUUAGCAUCCGAUGAUUCUGGGAUGUCCAGCUGCUUUAGAGCUAGCAAUGUUGAUUCUGGUGCCACUGACCUUUGUGACAAUGAUCCUGUCAGGGACAGUGGUACUACAGUUGAUAAUAGCAUGUAUCAUUAUCCACUCUCUCAUAUUUCGCAAACAGACAAUGAUCUCAGCUUUUUUGAUAAUGAUCAAGGAGAUAAAGAAAGCAGUGACCUAUUAUAUUAUGGGUGGCCUGAUAUUGGAAAUUUUGAGGAUGUUGACAGGAUAUUUAGAAGUUGUGAUUCAACAUUUGGGCUAGGGAGUGUUAACAAUGAAGAUGAGCUGAGCUGGUUUUCGUCUUCAAAUGCUAUCGAGGGGAGUGAAGAUGUGAAACCUGGCUUUAAGUUUUCAUCUCCGGAAUCAAGUGCAUUAGGAAGUGUGUCUGAAUAUCAUGAAGCUCCUAGGCUGAACAAUCCAAGUCCAUCACUAGAUGGUUGCGACAAGAGCAAUGUCUCCAUUAAAUUUAAAACUAAUUCUUGCACAUCAGAUCCCAAUCAACAUGCUGCUCUCUGUUCGUUAUCCUUCAUGAAUGGGUCCAAUACAAUUUCUGACACUAAGGAUUGUUUUAUGCCUAAGGAGCAGAUCAAUUUGCAUAAAAAGCAGUCAAAGCGUCAGAACUCAUCAGAAGGAAAAAGAAAAGACAAAUAUUUGGAAAAUGGCUGUUCCAUUAAUCACUGCAGUAACCUGAAACCACUGGUAGAUGCACACAUUCCUCAUAUGCAUUCAAACUACAUUUAUCCUCUUGAUCAAAUGGCUUCUGGUCCAACUCUUUCAGUUAGCAAAUCUGAAAACAAUGCUUUCUCUUCUCGUUCUCGAAAGGCGGCCUCCUAUGCAUCAAAUCAAGUGCAGACUCAGGAAAGUUCUCAUGGUCCUUCAUUUGAGGCUUCUGUUAUGGCAGGGCACUUGAAGACAGACAAACCAUAUUCUCAAUCAGGUUUACAGGCAUCAUUAAAUAGCAAUCUUGAACAUGUGGAUUUGGGGGCCCAGGCAGCAUUUUGUGAUCCACUGUCUGUUCAGAAGCCAUUACUUAAUUGUGAAACCGAGGUUGAAGGUCAUAGUGAAGUUGGAGGAGCUAAUAUAGGAGUUCCAGCUGAAUUAGAUUGUUCAAAUGUACAAGAAAGCUCGUGCAUAAGCUCUUUGGAUGAAAUUUCACUAGAGGCUACAAGUUUUCGCCAACUUCAACAUGUCAUGGAACAGUUGGAUAUUAGAACGAAACUGUGUAUAAGGGAUAGUUUGUACCGUCUUGCUAGAAGUGCAGAACAAAGGCAUAAUUGUGCAAAUUUGAAUGGUGGCAUUAGAGAAGAUGGAGACACAAGUGGAGCAUUGAUGGCUGAAGAAGCAACUAAGUGUCCUGGAUUAAUUGAUAUGGAGACCGACACGAAUCCCAUCGAUCGAUCUAUAGCACACUUACUGUUUCACAGGCCCUCAGACCCUUCCUUAGCACCUGCAAAUGAUGCUUUGGGUCACAAGUCUCAUACCUUGAUGCAUGGGUCUAUUACUAGUCCUCCUGUAUUGGCGGAGAAACUAGUUUGCAAUGACAGAACAACUGCCGGUGGUGGUGGUGAUCAAACGUUGCUGAUCACCGAUGACAAGAAGCAAUGAGAACUGUUUGUUAGCUUGGGCAAUCAGCAGGUCCAAUUGAUGCCUGUUCUGAAAUUGCUGCAACAUGACAAUGUAGAAUAACCCUUUAAGUUUAACAAUACUCCAACGUAGAUCCCAGGUUUGGUACCAUGUUUUGUAUGUAAAAUUCUGAGAUUUGGUUUUAUUUGUAUGCUGGUGCACAAACUUAUGUUUUCCAUGAUAAGCUGUUUAUCCA